AUGGCGUGGUGUACAAAAAUUAUUUACAUAUUAGUGUUUGUUGCACUAUGCGAUGGACAGACAGAUUUUCCUAUCGCGACUCCUACAGUGGAAGCAUUCCAACCAAAAGGUUUUAGAGUAAUACUAAAAGAUGACGGCUAUUCGUUCGUUGGGUUCCGAGGAAAUAUCAACGUUGAUUUCAACAAUGGUCUCAAUGAGGGCCAAAUACACAAAGAUAUUACGCAUGCACAAAAAGGCUACUGGAUCUACAGGAACCGUGAGGUCAAGUUGAAUAUUGGAGACACAUUGUAUUACUGGUUGUUUGUCCAGAAGAAUGGAAAAGGACAAUUUUUGACUGAGUUAGCAUACACAGUAACUCAAUUCGUAAAUGAAAAUGAAGCACCAGCAUUACCGAAACCUGACAGUAAGCUGGAGUCUAGAUUGGAUCCUAUAGACCAAUCCUGUACAGCAUCCAAAACCUUAGUCCAAGGCAAGUCCCGUGUCUGCGAGGGCGCCCUCAUUUUCGAAGAAGACUUUGAUAAUCCCAACCUUAAGCAAUGGACCCCAGUGGUACAGAUUCCAGGAGAACCGGAUUAUCCGUUCAAUGCAUAUGAUAAUAUCCCAGAUCGCAAUCUCAAUGUCAAAGAUGGAUCCUUGGUCAUCACUCCAAUACUGACGGAAUCACUGCACGGAGAAGACUUCAUCUAUAAUUCAGUCUUAGAUUUAGACGAAAGAUGCACAGGUGUAGCUCAAUCAUCUGAGUGCAGAGCGGAAGCUACUGGAGCUCAGAUCCUGCCGCCUAUCAUUACAGCCAAGGUCACGAGCCGAUACAGCUUCGUCUUCACAUUUGGAAGAGUAGAAGUACGCGCCAAGUUACCUUACGGCAGUUGGCUGGUACCUGAGAUCAAUUUGGAACCGUUAGAACAUACGUAUGGACUUAACUACGAAUCAGGUUUGAUGCGCGUAGCUUUUGUGCGCGGAAACUCCUACUUUGCCAAAAAACUCUAUGGAGGGCCUGUUCUGGGUCAUUCUGAACCUUUCAGGUCUGAGUUACUGCAAGAAAAGAUUGGAAAUGACAACUGGUAUAAGGACUUUCACAACUAUACCUUGAUUUGGAAACCAGAUGGCAUAGAGCUACUGGUGGACAAUGAGAAGUAUGGCGUUGUGAACCCUGGAAGUGGCUUCUCGGAGAAAGCACUGAAGCACAACAUCAAACACGCCACGUCUUGGAAUAAGGGCACUAUCAUGGCGCCUUUUGAUAAAAUGUUCUAUUUGACCUUGGGUCUUCGAGUGGGAGGUAUCAACGACUUUGAAGAUACAGUGGACAAUAAGCCCUGGAAAAACAGUGAAAGCAAGGCCACGCUAAAGUUCUGGAACGCUAAAAGUACCUGGUACCCCAGCUGGACUAAUAGUGCUCUAAAAGUUGACUCUGUUAAAGUAUAUGCUCUGUAG